CAUGAGAUGCAACAGUUCAGUAAUUAAUCUGAAUAUGAGUCAACACUCUCAACUUCUCUCUCUCUCUUUCUAGCAUUUCACUCUCGCUGCUUAAAAAUAUCUACAUCCUCAUUCUAAAAUGCAAAUCUUUAUGAUUAUGUGCAAGAGAGGAGCUGUUGAUGCAGUUUUCUUUUUGCAGAAAGACAGAUGGUGUGACUGAGGGGGAAAAAAACAUAGAGAUCAGAGAGAAAUUUGCUAGUGUGAGCGUAUUGUUUGUGACAGGAAACAAAGGUGGACCUGUCAGUGUUACCUGUGUCAACACACCAGUGACCCAGACAGCACAUCCUGGAGACUCUGUUACCAUCAGCUGCAAGUAUCCAGCAGAAGAAAAGCAGCAAGAAAACAUCGUCAGACACUUCUGCAGAGAAGAUGGAAACCCUAAUUGCACAAAUCUGAUAUCAACGUACACUGCAAAUUACACAAAGCUAGACAGGUUUUCUCUAACAGACGACAAACAGCGAGGAGUCUACACUGUGACCAUUUCCACAGUGACGCAGGAUGAUACUGGAAGAUACCGGUGUGCUAUAGAAAGAAAGAAAUCUGUUGCAUGUUUAACUGAGAUCCAUCUGUUUAUUUUCAACAUUACAUCAGUGGAAAGAACUUAUGACACUGGGGACACUGUAAAAAUCCACUGUAAUUAUCCGGACAACCAUGAGAACAAUGAGAAAUUCCUGUGCAAGGGGGAAAGUCCUUUGAAUUGCGAAGAGCUAAUACAUACAACACAACUGAAUAGAGAUGUGGUCAAAGUCAAGUUUAACAUUAGGGAUAACAAGAGACUGAAGUACUUCUAUGUAACAAUCAAGAAUGUGAGCACAGCCGACUCUGGAACGUACUGGUGUGCCUCUAACAGGUCAUGGCAGGAUGCCGAAUACAUCAAAAUUCUCCUUACUGUAGCUGAGAGAAGCAUCAAAACCAAAGACAGAAAACCUGCCCCUCGCCAGGACAGGCCACACGAAGAUGGUGCAAACAAUGAAGAAGAAAAUUACAAGAAAGAUGAAUAUGAAUAUGAAGAUGAAGAAGAAAAUUACAUGAAAGGUGGAGAUAAAGAUAAUAAAGGUGCUCACUCAUCAGACCAAGGUAUUGAGAUUGGUAGUGUGGUAGGGUGUCUGGCUGUGAUACUGAUACUUGUGGUUGUACUACUGCUAUUCAGACACAAACUCCCCUGGGCAAAAGUGUGUUGUACUGCAGGUGGAUCAUCAGAGCAGAGGACAAAUAACACAGAGGAAAAUCAUGGAGAUCCCCACUAUGAGGAGAUACACAUUCAGAACCAGGAGGCGAGCUCAGGAGUCGUACUGCCGUCCGUUUACGCCACUGUCAACCCUCCCGCAGAUCAGCUCCACUAUGCCAGUGUCGACUUCCAGAAGGACGCACAUCCUAAAAAUGGCUCUUCUAAAACUCCAGCAGCAGAGCAGACUCUCUACUCUACAGUCAUGAAGCCUGGGGAAUGAGAUAAGACAGUCUAUUACCUGAUGACGUUAACUGUGCAGUUUGAGGGGGACAUGAACACUUUAACAUUUUACCUAAGGCUCUGAAACUAGGGGCUGUACUUCUCCAGAAAAUGCUUUCUCAACUGGUGGGACGUGGACUCGUUCUGAAUGGGACAGAGUGUGUGGUCGAAAAACAAAAAUCUAUUUUAAAUGCUAAGCUAUCUGAUGUCUGACGUUAUAUUGACAGAAAAGCUUCCAUAACUUAUUGUAGGCCUUACUUAUUUUGAUGAUGUUAAUUUUAUUCAUAAUCACAAGAAUCAGCAGCACACAGUUGUUCAUACUCAAUUUAUUAUUAGAGUAAUGAGUUUUGAUUGCAGGGAUGACAAUAUUUUAUGUUACAAAAAGACCAUGACAGCACUGUAUAUGUGUUUAAAAGUCUAUUUGAAAAAUAAAUGUGCUUGGUUUGAAUCGUAUAAAAGUGUGUUGCAACUUAAUGGCGUUGGGGAAAAUGUUGGUCCCAGAGUGACACCGGGGGGCAGGGGUUACACGUG